CUAUGAAAUUUAAACAUUUAAAUGUGUACAUGUUCGUAGACUAACUUUGGCAUUGAGAAAACAUUUUAGAGAAUCAAGAAUAUGAAAUAAAUAUUUAACGGAAUCGAAAGGGGUGUUAGCCACCAAUCGGCAAUCGAAGAGAAUUUGUCACAAAAACUCACCAUGUCGGCCUGUGUAAACGGCUACCGUAUCACCAUUCAGGUUAUUCCUACCUUGGUUAACCAAAGUGUAAAGCUUGUACCAUAUAAAAAGUAUGAACGAUGUCCAGAAGAUCCCGGUCCCAUAAUAGCGGCUGUUUUCUUGACUCUCAUAUUCGUGGUGUCAGUGGUCUUAUCAAUCAUGAUCAUAGUUACAAUAAUCACAAGCUUUUCAUUGAAGAAGUUAUUAUACUCGAAGUUAAUCCUGAACAUCUGUUCUGUUGUUAUUUUAGACUGUUUUCUGAACCUAACUAUCGCCUUAGUUUACGUUUCUACAGCACCGUGGCAAUUCGGGUAUCCAGUUUGCUAUAUCAACUCAUUCUUCAUGCUUCUCAUCACACUGGAAAUGAUUUUAGCUAUUGCACUAUUCGCGAUGGACAGAUUACUGGUCCUGAGGAAAUUCGCCCCAUACUUGAGUAUGUCUAAGAACAAAGUGACAGCUCUUAUUUUGCUGACAUGGCUGAUAAGUCUGAGUUUGUCACUGCCAGUGGUCGUCGGGUUCUCAAGCAUGCCGUACAAGAUGAGAUAUUCGUGCAGUGUAGCAGACAGCAGAGACGAUGAGUAUCUCAUCGUGCGGCUAAUAAUCGUGAUUAUUUUCCCUGUAUUCAUGCUAUUCUUUAUCCUAUUUAUUACUUGCUACAUUUUCCACACUGAGAAAACUAAGCACAAAAAAGUGAAGGGUGGUCAAACAUACACGUACCUCGACCAGAUCCUCAUGACUCCGUACUACAGGAACGAGAUCUACCCGUCGCUCUGCAUGAUGGCCCUUGUUGUGGCUUACUUCAUCUUCUGGCUUCCCUUUGCCUUUUUAAUCACAUUGGAUCCUCUUCUUUCGCAAGACUGGUUCAAUAAAACUGAACCAUCUGGUCAAAUAUUGUCAGGUGCAAACACAUCAAAUACGAACACAACCAACCAUAUCCCUGAGAUGAUCAACACGCCCGUUUAUGAGACGGUGUUUAUUUGGUUUCGAUUUAUAUUCGAUUUGCUAGUCCCCAUCAUCAUCUUUACUUCACUUAAAGACGUGAGGCUGAAGUGUGAAAAUUUGAUCAUGUGUUGCAGACCUGCUACAAUUGAUGCCACUUCACCAAAGCACAUGAAUUCUACGUUCAUGAAGACGCCCAAGUCUUCGGGGUUCGCAGAACUCAAAUACACGAGCAAAAAGACCAAGAAUGACCAGAAGAAUAUGGUCAGUUUCAACACCCCAGUCUUAUUUGUGACGGAUGAUGGACUCCAAAUCAGGACCGUGGACGAAACCUACGCGGAGGUGAGCGAUCACAAGAGCCUCUUGGGCUUCAACAAGAAUGCAAACCCAGAGCCCAAAUUUUCCUACGAGUCAUGCGAUAUCGUCAUGCCCAGCGAAGAGUUCACGGACUUCGAAGGCGAGUUUGACAUCAGUGAGGAUAUCGUGCCUAAGAAACACUACGCACAACUGCAGGACGACUACGAGGACGAAAAAAGUUUCACGGAGCAAGUAAUCAUGGGGGCCAACCGGGCUCUUAUGGCGCAAAAAGCCGAAGAAGAUGAAAAUUUAAACAACAGGCACAUAGACUCUGAAGCCGGCGGCCUACAGUCAAGACCGGAGUCAGUGAAAGAAGAGAAGAAACCCAAUAAGGUUGCCGAAAUUGAUGAACGUGAAAUGAUGGAAGUCGAAGAAAAGUUCGAUGAAACCAUAGACCUUAACGAAAAGCCUAAAAAAGCAAAGAAACAUGUUAGGUUUGACACAGAGAACUUGAUUCAAAGCAUUCCUAGACCACGUUCGAAUGAAAGUUCCAUUGGGGAUGACGAAUUUGAAACUGUGAGCAUUAAUUCAAAUGAUUCCGGAGUCUGGGCCGACUCUGAGUUAGACGAAUCAGAACUCGUCAAAAUUUCCGGAAAGAAGUUCAAGCCUAAGAGAGUUGUACAUAAUAUUCGUAAUCCGCCACCAAUGACAUUGAAUAAAAAGAACAGCGGUUACGGACGGUUAGGCAAACCAACGCCCAAACGAAAAGUUUCAAAAAAUCAAGUGGACCCAAACAUAGUUUCUAAAAAUCACCACAACGCAGCCGCUACAAAAAAACUUCCAGGCACUCCCAGUCUGCAUAAUAUCAAGAGCAGGUACAUGGAUCAUUAUAAGAACACAAACGCAACUGCCAACUCAGUCAAAAAAAUUGUCAAGCCUCCUAGUUUACAAAGCUAUUAGGGAAGUCUUUCUUGUCUGAAUGUCAGACGACCAAUGGGAGCUAACCUUGGGCCGUCAAUGGCAGAGCAAUGUAGUCAAUCAGUUUGUGAAUUUAGUUUCUUAUGCACAUUGUAAAUAGAUUAGUUAUAUGUACAAAUUUUAACAUUUGUACUUAUUAUUAUGUUCUUUUUGACCAAAGUUAUAGGUGAACUAUAAAUACUCAUUUUAACGACAGUAUUUGAGUGCAGUAUAGUCGAGUCUGUGUAAACUGCUGAAAGUAAUAAUGCAAUGCUUUGCUAGAUGUUUUAAUUUGAAAUUUAUGGCCUUACCUGCUCAUAAGAACAUUAUUUAAUUUUUGCUGUGGUCAAUUUGUUGUGAGCGAAACAUUUGAACUGUAACUCACGAGCACUGAGCCAGAAGGCACAUUUGAACUGCAGUUCAGAACACAAAUAUUCGAUUAGUCAGAGAAAUUGGCGCCUCUUAGUGAUGAAUUUCAUGUUGCCUAUAAAUAUUACUUGAUUCAAAUGCCGAUAUGAUUGUAAUGCCAGACAUGUUCUUGAGGGUUGUCAUGAGUUUUUAGGUCGUAAUUAUUUAUCUGUUAUUGGUUUAAUCAAAUGGUUCAACUCAUAAUUGGUUCAAUCAAUUAGAGUUACCCGUUACUGGUUCAACUGCAGCAAGAUUGUCUGUGUCGACAGAAUUAUUCUCAUAAGUUUUUAAUGAAAUGAACCAUAAGUCAGG